CGACAGGUACAGUUAUAGCAUUAAACAGUACGGCAGCACUGCAUUUAAAAAAUACGUAGAAAGCUACCGAGUCUUAAAACCGUUACGUUAGGAUUACCUUUUUUUUGUUUUGUUUUUGUUUUUUAAAUUUUCAUUGCAAGUUGUUGGAGGUGGUUUCCUUGCCACCUUUUUUGAGUUUACGUUUAGAAAUGCAUACCAUGCUAUAUUUUGGAACGACAAUUUUUAUUUGGAUUGUCAUGCUCGCUGCGCAUUGUGAGAACUCACCCAGGCUCAUCAUUUCCAAAGCAGAUGAAGGCAUUAACAGACACAGGUUCAACAAACUACAGAACAACGUUGUGUUCUUCCACCCGAAUGGAAGCUCAACUCUGUACGUAGGGGGGACUGAAAUGGUCUGGUCCAUUGACUUUGAUGCAAACAAGUACGUGGAGAUUCCCUUUUUGACAGAAAACAAAAGCAGGCAGGACUGCAAAGAGGAGAGCCUUUGUGAAAAUGUCAUUACUGUCCUGCAUGAAUACCAAGACUCUCUGUUGGUUUGUGGAACCAAUGCAUUCAGACCUCGAUGCUGGAAUCUGAACAAGAAUGAAUCAAAGGUGACACCUGCGCAGUGUAGCGGAAUUGGGAUUUCUCCUUUCUGCUCGAUGCAGAAUUCUCUGUCGCUGUUCGUCGAGGGCAAUAUUUACGCAGCCGCUCCUCUGUACAGGCAGGGAAAUAGCUUGCAGUUCCGGAGGAUUUCUGAUACCAAGGUCUGGAUGUAUGAGAAGUGGCUUGACAAGCCUACAUUUGUCAGUGCCACUUGGGUAAGCAGAAAGCAGGAUCCGGAAAACGAUAAAAUCUACAUGUUCUUCCGGGAGAAAAACCCAGACAGAAGCCCUGACGCUGAUCCCUGGAUCUCUCGGAUCGCCCAAGUCUGCAAGGUGGACAAAGGCGGCCCCAGAAGGCUUUUCCAGAACACCUGGACCUCCUUCCUGAAGGCCCGGCUGGUCUGUGGCCUUCCCAAGGAGUCGCUGUACUUCAACAGGCUUCAGGACCUCUUUGUACAGCACGCCCAGGACUGGAGAGACACCCGCGUCUAUGGCCUCUUCUCCAGCAGUUGGAACUCUACAGCUAUUUGCAUUUAUUCCAUGGACGAUAUUGACCGAGUCUUUCGGGAAUCUGAUUUUAAAGGUUUUUCUGGGAAUAUCCCUGAUCCCAGACCAGGAACAUGCGUCCCGGACAGCAGAAGUCUCCCAGAUGAGACAAUAAGCAUUGUCAGGACGCACCCCGAGAUGGAGAAGUGGGUGUAUCCCCUCCACAACGAAGCUGCCAUUCUCACCAGUGACAGAAACUACACCAAAAUCAUCGUGGACCAGGUCAAGGGGGCCCGCGGGAACACACACAAUGUCAUGGUUCUGGCUACCGAAGACGGAUGGAUUCAUAAAGUAUUGGAGGAGAAUAAUAGGCCCUUCAUUAUAUCAGAAAUCCGUCUGUUCAAUCAUACAGCGCACAUCCAGACAAUGACACUCGAUCAUAUAACAAAAAGGCUCUAUGUUGGAUAUGCCGAGCAGAUUGUUGGGCUGGAUUUGCAGAGAUGCCAGGACUAUGACCAGACCUGUGAGGAAUGUGUGUUGACCCGCGAUCCAUACUGUGCUUGGAAUCACAGGCAAUGCGGCCCUGUAAACCAAUAUAAUUCUCUUCAAAAUGUGGAAGACGGCAACACCGUUGUGUGUUCUGAACAGCCUAAAGCUGAAAAAUUGAUAUCAAAACAGUUUUCUGAGAUACCUCCAAACACCUACACCGUCUCUCUGUCUGCCCCCGUCUACCUGUCCUGCCCAAAGAAAUCCCACCAUGCCAAGUACGCCUGGGAACACGACAGCAAAGGGAGGCUGGAGUGCCAGUGGACCGAGUCGGAUUGUCUGCACCUAAUAAAAGCCAUGACUGAAGACGACUAUGGCACUUACAGGUGCAUCUCGGAAGAACGGGGCUAUAGAGACACAAUCAUACAGUACAACCUCUUGGCUGAACCUUGUGGAAUGCUACUGAGCAAGAGAGCAGAUGAUAUCUGGGUAGUUGUGCCAGCGACCUUGGGCUUAUGCCUCCUGCUAAUUGCUGUUGCAUGUGUAGUUGGCUUCAAAGGUGGACAGUACCAUAAAAUUAAAAAACUUGAUAGAAAACCUCAAACAAUAGUUCUGUAGCUAGUUCUAAAUGCUGUAGUUCUAGAACAGAAGUAUGAGUUGCCUUCAUUCACCUCUUACAGUAGGUAUGCUGAUAAGUAGAAUGUGUCAUGGUCCCCAGGCGCCUGCCCAGCAGGGGUUAGUGUAGUCCCUGUCAAUUUUACCUCCUCAACCCGCUGGAGUGGCUGGGAGUAUUCUCCCCAGCCAAGAUCAACAACUUCACUAGCCAGACUGUAUGAAACCCUGGAUAGAAGUUCAGGCUUUACCAGAUGAGCCACUCUGGAAUCUGGAACUGCAUUUUAAAUACAAAAUGUUUGGAUACCAGUCCUCAAACUUUUUUAUUUUGUAUUUAGAGUAUUUAGUAUUUUACAACAGGCAGAGAGAAAAAGCAAGAAAGAUGGUUUGUGCAUGUGUGUUAGGGGGACGGCUUGGGGUCAGGAAGGAAGUCUAGUGCAUAAUACUGUGUUAAAAUUGAAUUGUUUUUAUUUGUGAUUUAUGAGGAGUUUUUAUUCAGACUUGAUGUGACUGCAUUGUAUCAUUAACAUCAACGUAAAGGACCAUACUCACAAAGCUUUCACUAUAACUAUAUUGGCAUAAUAUGUCAAACUAUUUGCUGAAUGCUAAUAUACACAUCAGAUCAAGUGAACUCAUUCCUGGGUGGUUGUUUCCUCAGUUUGUUGUUAAUGAGAUGUAAAUGGAGUUAUGGAGAAAAGACUUCCAGGGUAGGUGUCAUGUGAAAUGGAACAUUGUCAUUGAAAAAGUGAUGCUGCAGUGUAAAUCAACAAAUUCACUUUUAUUAUUUGUAUCAUUUUAGGUAAACCAAUAUGAGAAAGACUAGUGUAUGUAUUUAUAUAUUUAUAAAUUAUUUAUUUGAAAGAUAAUGAAGGAUUUAAAAAGUAAAAUGUUUAACAGCUGACAAAAUGUGUGUUCUGAACAGCCUAAAGC